CGAUGGCUUACCCACAAGUGGCCAACGCGCCCUUUGAUGACCACGACGCCGAUGUCAUUUUUAGAACUUUCGACAACGUAGACUUCCGCGUCUUCAAAGCGGUCCUCUCCCUCGCGUCGCCUGUGUUCAAAGCUAUGUUCACGCUGCCGCAACCUGUCUCAGCCGAACCACCCGCUGAGGCACCUGUUGUACCCAUAUCCGAGAUGGCAGAGGCAUUCGAGCCGUUGCUUCUCAUUUGCUACCCUGCGACACCGCCGGUCGUCGAGGCCUUGCGGGACGUACGCGUGCUGCUGGAGGUGGCCCGCAAGUAUGAUAUCGCGUGCGCCGUGCAGUUCGCUGCUAACCAGCUCAUUUCCCCGCGUUUUUUGGAGACGAAUCCUGUGGGGGUGUAUUGCAUCGCCGCUUGCUACGGAUUGGAGUCGGUGGCCAGAGCAGCGGCGCUGCAGACUCUCAACAUUCCCUCCUUUGGUCGUCCCAGUGCAUACGUCGAGGAGAUGGAACUCGUGCCCAUGUCUACAUAUCAUCGCUUGUUGGAUUAUCACUACCGAUGCGGCCAGGCCGCCGCACGUGUGGCGGAUGUAGAAUAUAAAGAAUGGGUGUGGGAGCUGGACGGUAUUUUCCCUUCUUGUCAUUGCGCUAUAUAUGAUGAAGAAGGAGGCACACCGAUACGGCUCUGGGGGUUCUUUGGGAAACUAGGUGGUGUUGCAGACAAUUUGAAGGGGAAACCGUUGGGAAUCACAGUUAUACAUUCAACGGGCUUUAGAGCUGCUACGAAGCAAAUUAUUGUAUCGUGCGAAGAAUGUAUGCCGGAGUGGUCGGACAAUGAGCGAAGGUGGCAGGCUGUGUCGCAGGCAUUUGCGCGCAGGAUCGAGGAGGAGGUUACUAAGAUCCAACUUGAAUUCAUGGCUUACUAGUCGCUUGAUUGUCUUGAUGCUUUGGUGUAACUGGGUUUGGUUAAUGUCGUGUCCGUGGUGCUGUGCGGCAGGGUUUGACUGGUUCUCAUGUAGGAUAGGAAAUGGCAUGGCGGAUAACUAAGAACUGUAUUUUUAUGUGGUAUGCAUCAAUACAGAUAAUGGUG